UUCAACGUUUUGAGUUCCGAUCGUUCUCUCUCUACUUUCCUUGCAUCUUCUAUUCUCCCUCCUAGGGUUUUGGGUUGUCGUUCAAUACCAGGUCCAAUCGGGAGCCAUUUCGACAUCGAAGAUGGUCGCGUUGAAGAGCUCCGAGAACGUGAUCUUCCAGGUGGAUUGUGUGGCGAUGGAGGCACAAAAUAUGGUUAUUCUUUUACCGAACGUUAUGGGUGAGACCCUUGCAAGGGUUAUUCAGUACUGCGACAGGCACGCUAACGCGGAGACCGCGGCGGAAGAACUUCAGAAUUUUGAUGCCGAGUUCGUCGAUGUGGAUCUGUGCACGCUGCUCGGGCUUUUACUGGUAUCAUUCACGAAAGAUAGAGAAUUAAGCUUAUGUGACAAGGCUGGUUUUGUGGACAUAAUGGAAGUUCGAGGCUGCAGUAGUAAUGGCUGUGGCCAUCACCGCCACUGCUAGCAGGAUGAACACAACGGCUCCAUCCAAUGCCAGCAAUAAGAACUGAUGGAUAUGUGAUAUUAAGGAGAGUUGCUAGUGCUUUAAUGGGAGUGAAUUAUGAGAGAUCGAUGGUGAGGUAUUGAUAGAAAAAUUUGUAGUUCAGGAUGCACAUGGGGUUGUAUUAUCAGUAGCCGACAAGAAAUUAAGUAAACAAAAGUUAGGCUUAAUCGUAUGUUUAAAUUGAUUUAAGUUUUGUGGAAGUUGGAAAAUGUUAUAUAGAUUUGGAAAA